UAAAAAUGGUUUAUCAAAGUCGAAGCGACCGGUUUCACGGAUCUCAUUGCCUGAAGAACGUCAACAAGAACGUGAACAAUAUUUCCACAACGUACCACCCGAAGCAAAUCUAGAAUUUUCUCAAAUUAUAUUGUCCCAGAAUCAUUUCCAAUCCCUGUUACCCGAAGAACAUCAACAAAAAUUUCGAUCCUAUAAUCGUCCAGAAUCCUAUGCCACUGACAAAACAGAUCUUACAUGCGUAUCAACUGAUCAUUCAAACAAUUUUAAACCAUUAAACCCUCCAAACCCAAUUCAUGUUAAUACCGAUGGAUCUCAACAAAACCUAAUACCCAUACAUCCUAAUUCUAAUUCUGAAGCUCCACCUCCUACUAUUAGUUAUCCGGUCUAUGAUAACAAAAGUUUUAACUUUCUUGGAGGUGACCCGUCCAAUCUUUCCAGUAAAAAAUUCGGCAAAAGUUCGAAAAAGUCCAGACGCAAACUCUGGAUCUUUCUUGCAUUACUGUUCGUCGUGAUACUACUAAUCAUUGUUAUUUCAGUUAUAGUAGUCAAAGUAAAUAAUGCUGCCGCCCAAAAUUCACAAUCAAAUAACGAUUUAGCAUCUGCCAAUAAUUUAACUGGAACUAAUUCUACUACUGGAAGUAGUCCUAUUAAUGAUUCAUCAUCUACCAUAACUAAUUCAACUGACAUUAACCCGAGCGGAAGUUUACCUACAGUUCCUACUCCGACCGAAUCCACCCCUACAGUUUCGGUUGCUCAGAUUCCUAGUAGUUGUCCUUCACCAGUUGCCUGCACUAUUUCUGGACAGGUUCUUUGUCCACCUAUAGAUGGAAGUCAAUGCAAUUAUUAUUGUAAUGGUGAUAGUAGUAAUCGUGUUAAUGACG